ACGGCAAGGUUCGCCUGACACCUAGUGGCAUAAAAAGGUUAUUGCACGAGUGGGAUUUGAAAUCGAAAUUGACUAUAUACUGUGCAACUAUAUAUUAGAGCAGUGGUAUAUAUAGUCUAAAAUAGUGUGGAAAAAGUGUUUACCUCCCUGCCGAGUUCCUAUUUCUUUUACGUGUUCGUCACUCUCAAGUGUUUCAGAGCAUAAAGUCAAUCUAGAUAUUAGACAAAGACGACACAAGUUUUUUUUUUUUUUUUUUGUCAAAGUGGCGGAAAGAGGCCUCCAUAGAUUUACGUCGAAGCUUAAACCUUUCGAACAGUGAAUCAUGUUUGCUGUGAAAGCUGUUUGGUUUUGCUCUGUUGUUGGCCAGAGCCGACAAGGAAGCGGGGCGUGUCCAGUCCGCUGACAAGGAUCUGUACCCUCAGGUAGCAAUACCUUUCAAUGGCCGCGCGCAGUUGUUUUAUUUUUCCACCGUGUCAUGUUACAUCUACUUUAACAUGACUUCCCAUCUGCUGGGAGCGUUUCUGUACCUCAGAGAAGACGUCGAAGAGAGGAAGAGUGUCUGAAAAACAAAGCGAGGAACACAAAGCAGAUCUGGGACAUUUUUCACAUGGUUUGGCUCGUGGACAUUGCCUGAGAGCUGCAUUAACAGUUCUAAUGGACAACAGGAGACAACUGAAGGACAUCUUCAUCUGCGUUUUGGUAGGAGUGACAUUGGUCAUCAUUUACCUUACCUAUGACAACGAGCCUGAUCGCCUGUAUGGACCAGCAUAUAAAAAGUCCAACGUCACGGCCUCUAUGCCGCCUGAGCCAAAGUGGGAGGACCCAGGACCGUACCAUGUGUCCUACCCACGGAACUACAGAUUCUUCAUGGAUAACUCUCCAACGUGCAAGACCACCAACCCGUUCCUGAUCUUGAUGGUUCCCGUUGCUCCCACCAAUUUGGAAGGUCGGGACGCCAUCCGAAGAACGUGGGGGGGUAAGAAAAUGGUCCUGGGUCAGCUGGUUGAGACCGUCUUCAUAGUGGGGCUACCUGGAGGGGUCGACGCCAACCAGCAGCAGGCGAGACUGAAACAGGAGAGCGAGCGGUAUCGUGAUCUCAUUCAGAGUAACUUCCAGGACAGCUACCGCAACUUGACCAUCAAGACCAUGGUCAUGCUGGAGUGGCUGGCUCAACACUGCGCCAAGGCCAGCUUUGUGAUAAAAAUCGACUCGGAUAUGUUACUGCAUGUUGACAAUUUGGUUGCAUUGUUACUGGACCCCAAGACGCCUAAGGAAAACUACAUGACGGGUUUGGUAUGGUGGCACAGCCCAGUUUUAAGAAACCCUUUCAACAAGUUCUACAUGCCAACCCACGUGAUCGCAGAGCCGGAGUAUCCCCCCUACCCUCUGGGCAUGGCUUACGUCAUGUCUCUGGAUCUACCCAAGAAGAUCCUGAGAGUAUCGUCUCAAAUCAAGCCCAUCUACAUUGAAGACGCAUACCUGGGUAUGUGCCUGAAACGUCUGGGUGUCUCUCCUACCGACCCUCCCGACCAGAGGAUGUUUCAGGUCAUCCCCCGGCAUCCUUUGAGCAGCUGCGAUCUCUCCAAAGUGAUCGCCAUUACUACGAUGAGCAUGUCACAGAUGCACAUCUACUGGCAGAGGAUCGUGCAGGGAGUUCACUGCUGAGCCUGAUUUAAAUAUUGAUUAUUUUUGGAUGGUUUGGCAAAGUUUCUGGUUCAUUUUGGUUCACGGAAGGAAAGGAAAGCCCUAUUCGCAUGGGAUAAGCAUUCUUUUUGAUGAAAAGGCUGAAUCCCAGGUCAACAGGGAUUUGCUGGCUUGGACCCCAAAAGGUUUUCAGUUACAGCCAAUGCAGCCUCCAUUCUUAGCCAGAAGCAAAUAAAAAUGUGGCCAGGAAAACAAAAAUAUAUAAUAACGUUUUGGAUCCCAACCAUUUCUGUCCAAAUCGCUGAGAUACCGAUUUGCAUUGGAUCAGUUUUUAUCAUAGGACCUCGGAGUUCAGUAGAUAAUUUGCUGGAGAACUUUUACUUUACAAAUUACUGGCAUGGUCGAUUCGCACGGGAUUAACAAUGAAGAAAAUCCAUGUAAUUCUUACAAAUAGCAUUUGGUCCACAGGUAAAACUAAUCCCAUGUGAAUAGGGUAUAAUGUUGUUUUAAAUUAUUUUAGUAGUUUUGGAAGUAAUUUUUUUUACUUAUGCAUAGAGAGCAGUCAUUCUUCUGUGUACACAACAUUUUUUACAUUCAGUUUGUAUUUGGCUGCUAUCUGUAGAGUUUUUAACUUUCUUCCCCUUGUAUACAUAUAUUUUUUUCAUGCACAUUAAACUGCAGUAACAGAUUAUGCAGGCCCAAAUUUAAAGAAAUGUAGCACAUUUAGGAUAAACAUCAAAUUUGGUUUGCCUGUUGUAUAAGACACACUCCCGUUUUGUAUAGGGUCUUUGUAUUGGGUUGAAAGAUGGGAAAAAGCUUCCCUACCAGUUGUUGCUGUUUUGCAGUGAGUUAGCUAAGGUAGCUAGCUAACACUUAGUCACUCUGAUCGUUUUAGCUAACUUUAGCAGCUUAAAAUAACUAAAAUCCACAAUACACAACACAAUAUAAGCUUUUAUUUGAUGUCUGUACAUUCACAAGAGACUAUUUGCAGCUGCUUUUACAGCAAUCUAUUAAUUCAACUAAUCAGCUAACUGUGAGUCUCUCUGGAGAGUCCUUGAAGAUAAUUUUCUAGGAAGUUAUUAAAUUGCACCUACUCUGAGGUUGCUCUGAUAAUCUUUAAGGGAAAUGUAGGCAGCUAUGAAGCACAUUACACAAAGUGGUGAUUAAGGAUAGAAUUGGAGGGGAAAAAAACUUGAAGGUAGAGAAGAUUCAUGUUGGAAGGUUAGAGUAAAAAUAUUAAUUUAUUUUAAAAUGAAUAAAUGUCUCUGUGAUCUUUUCCUGUAAAAAAAAGAAAAAAAAGGUUUACAGGAUAAAUUAAGAUUGCUAUUGUUACAGCAGUAGUUUGUCACUACACCAGAAGGGGGCAGGCUAGCACUGCAUAAAAGCUGUAAUCCCACCCUGCACUGACUUAAACUCUCAGGACUGCUUCACAAACAGCGGUUACAUCUUUUAACACCUUUCAGUCACUUGUCUUGGAAGUAUAAUCACAUUGGCACACGAGUAGUUGCUACAGCGUCAGCUGAGGAAACAGCUGACGCUGUUUCUGUUACUGUCAUGGCUGAUUCUCCACGAUGAGACCAGCUAACCAUGCUUUAGUGAUAUUCAGUAAGCAAUACAGAAAGGACAGGCCUUGACUGACAUGAUCAUGGUUGUUUUUUCUUAAAAUCUCUUAGAAAUAGUAGUAAUAAUAAUACUAAUAGUACUGUGACAUGGUCAAGAGGUGAAACUAAAUCCAAGCCUCAAAAAUCGUAGUUCAUAUUGGACUUUUUAUGACCUUGUUAAUGACUUGCAAUAAUAAUUGGAGGUUGAUGAAAUUGACUACGCUAUACUUUAAGAAAAAUUCCCAAUAAGACAAUGACAAAUGAUUGAUUUAUAUAGCUUCUUUACAUUCUGUUAAUGACUGGACUACAGGUUUGCUGUCACCCUUGGAUUUUGGGUGUACUAUCUGAAUUUUUUAAAAUAAAUAUUAUAUGGCUCAGUCAUCAGAUUGAUUGUUUUAUUGUUAUGAAAGGUUACGUCUUCCUCUCACAUCCUGUUUCUGUUUAGACUGUUUUGUUUGGAUGUGUGUCUGCUGAGUCUUCACCCAGGUUUAUUUGUUGUCUCACUAUUUUAGGUAGUUUUAGGCAUAAACACACAGAGAGAAGACUAUGCAGACUUUUCCAGUUGUGCACACGACCGAAGAAAUUGUUCAUCUUCUCUCCUGUUGACGUUGCUACAGGGUGCUACUGUGUAUAAUAUCUUUCUGUGGUAUGGGUAUAAAUAUAUUUCUUUGUAUUUCUUUGAUGAA